CUGGAUCCACACUCCAGGGCCUCUGGAUCCGCUCGCCCAGCUAUGCUCCUGCGGCCGCUGCGGGGCUGGGCCGCCCUGGCGCUGCGCUGCUUUGGGCUGGGAAGCCCCGGGAGCCCGGCCUCAGGCCCCGGGCCGCGGAGGGUGCAGCGCGGGGCCUGGCCUUCGGAUAAAGAACGGGAAAAAGAGAAAAAAUCAGUGAUCUGUGUCGAGGGCAAUAUUGCAAGCGGGAAGACGACGUGCCUGGAAUUCUUCUCCAACGCGACAGACAUUGAGGUGUUAACGGAGCCUGUGUCCAAGUGGAGAAAUGUCCGUGGCCACAAUCCUCUGGUGAGUGGGUUUUCUGAUGCAGAAAGGUGGGGUUUCACCGUACAGACACACGAGGAGCUGGGCAGAGUUCCUAGGAGGAACUGCCCCCAGGCAGCAGGAAUGAGAGCCAUCUCCAGAUCCUUUUGGGGGAAUUGCAUAGCCCAGGAGCUUUCUCUUAGGUGAAUAAGCCCUUAUAACUCUCAUUGCAGUGGGAAGAUGCCAGAAGUGGACUAUGUGGUUCUGUCGGAAUGGUUUGACUGGAUCUUGAGGAACAUGGACGUGUCCAUUGAUUUGAUUGUUUAUCUUCGGACCAAUCCUGAGACUUGUUACCAGAGGUUAAAGAGGAGAUGCAGGGAAGAGGAGAAGGUCAUUCCACUGGAAUACCUGGAAGCAAUUCACCAUCUCCAUGAGGAGUGGCUCAUCAAAGGCAGCCUUUUCCCCGUGGCAGCCCCUGUUCUGGUGAUUGAGGCUGACCACCACAUGGAGAGGAUGUUAGAACUCUUUGAACAAAACCGGGAUCGAAUAUUAACUCCAGAGAAUCGGAAGCUUGGCCCAUAGGAGGCAAAAGGUCUAUGGAUCAUGUCUGAAAAAUGCCUGCUGCUGCCAAGUUAGCUAUUAUGAGCAAUCUGGAAAAACUUGCUCCCAGGAGGGCUUUGUGUCUGGCCAGCUUGAUUUUCCUAAUGGUCUCAUCUCCUUUGCUAGUGUCUUUGUCGUAAGUCUCUGGCCCUCGUGGGUAAGUGACAAACGGGACCAAUGGGUUUGCCAAGCCCUUUGCUGUUCGCAGCCUCACAUUCCCCCGGUGCCUCUUCCAGUGGCUUUGUGCUGCCGAGUUGCUUUCAUGAAGCCCUUAGGGAGAGCACCUGCUGUGUGCCUGACGUCACGCUGGUGCUGUGUACCAAUCAUCUCAGCCUUCAUCAGGAGGCUGAGGUAGGAUUCUUAUGUCCCAGGUGAGGAAUUUGAAGCUCAGAAAGAUUGAGGGCUCCCCAGAGGUCACACAGCCAGUGUGCAGCGGAGCUGGCACCAUUCAGACUUUCAGCCAACUCCGCAACUUUCCUUUGCCCUGGCUGCCUCCUCCUGAGAACUGUUCCCCAUCACCCUGCCUCUUCUGGUUGGAGGCUUUCAUGUCUCUUUGGGGAGAGCUGGCAGUGUUUGGAGCCGAUAACAUUUUCUCAAUGUUGAGCAGUUCCCAAGGACAGUCAGCAUUUCUAGACUUCCACAAAAUUGUGCUGUGUUUGACUGGAGCCCUGUGUUCAGUGGUUUCCCCGCCCAAGGCUGCUGCAGGCCCAUCUUCCACAUCCUCAUGUGCAUGUUGAGGACCUUAGGAGAUUCACACGCUGGCUCCUGAAUGGUGCUCUGGCUCCUUGGUGAUGAAGGUCCUGCUUGAGCUGCUGCCAACUCCAUGUCAGGGAAGUCGCUUUUGGUAUGUGGCUGGUUUGCCCAGAGCCAAGCGGAGGCAAGGGGCAGCCAUCCCUGGCUUCCAAGCCUCCCAUACUAUGUGUGUCCUUGUAUAAGGAGCUUUGCUCUUGGAAUUACUGAAAGUCUGUGGCCCAAGGAGAGGCACAAGUGGCCUUAAGUCUUUUUGAAAUGUUCUUUCAUCCAGGGGAAUGCCUCGAGCCAUAGAGCCUGAAAUCAUCUUUUUUGGUUCAGAAAAUACCUUAACUUCACUCAGCUGGAACUGCGUUGAAAGCGAGGCCGUCCCUUGGAUCAAGCAGAAAACAAGAGAGAAAGAACAUUCCCUUUGGGGACAGUCUGGAAAGCUGGGAUUUGCAAAUAAAGGCUCUGGAAGCAUUGCUAGUCCUGAAGCUUUGGAGGUGGGCAGAGUGAGCUUCAGGAAGACUGGAUGCAAACCCUGGGAAGGAUUAAGGCUCAACUCUGGAGAAACAGGCCAUGGGCUCUCAGAGCAGCCAUUAGCUGUAAAUAGAGGUAGCAAGGCCACUUCCAGGCCCCUGUGAGUAUGGGCACCUGUACGUGCAGUGCUCCAACUCUGCAGAGGUGCCAAGUGACCCUGCUGGGCCAGUCCCAGAGAGUUAAGAAGUCAAGGCCUUCAACUCCUGGUUCUUCCUGUUCGGACCAGUUCUUGUGCCGUUGGCAGGAUGAGAGGCAGCAGCCAGGCGGGAGCUGUGUCUAGCAACACCUGUAGCCCACGUGCUGCUAAUUAGCUGGAAAACUGGGGAAGGCAGAACCUUUGCUACCAGGAAUCUUGACAUGUGGGGUCCAUCUUGAGAAUUUGUAAAUGAACAGUCCAAUAUUUCCCCUAGGCUCAUUUUGCGCAUCCAUUUUGGGGGAAAUGUGAUUUCUCUCUUUUUUUUUUCCACUUUCUUUUUGCCCAAGGCACAAUCUCAAGAGAUCCUGAGAACAUGUACCCAUGAUUUUUCUCUUACUCUAUGAUACCCAGUAACUCCUUCACCUAAGCCCUGUUGUUGAUUUUGAAGUGCUUCCUGGGCCAGUGAUUUUAGCUCCUGCCAGCAUCCUUUUGCCAGUAGAGUAACGUGUUUUUAUUUUUCAAACCCCAUGUUUCCUAACAUGGAAUGUAUGGGUCCAAGAAGAGCCUGCUGUCCUCCCUGCCUUCCACCUUGGAGAGGAGGCCGGGCGCAUCAGCAGCAGCCAGGACAGGUCGCAAAAACCUCCCAUCCUAGAGACCAUACCUGAAACGGCUGAAGCCAGCUUGCACAAGGGCUGCGGACUGUCCCCCUGUGGCAGGCAGAGCUGGUGGGGGCAAGGGCCACAGAGCAGUCAUAGACACUGUGGACUGGGGCAGGAGAAGGACAGAUGGGACAUGGGCACAAUGGGGCCUUGUCCUUAGAGCACUGGGAGGUCCUCCCCAGAGGCUCCUGGCCAUGGCUGGGAGGGGCAUGGCAGGGGCUGGCAUCCCUGUAGAGCCAGAGGGGCCACCCAGGGCAGUGACAUUCCAGAUGUGUUGGGCCCACCUCAUCCUUGCUUUGAGACUGUAGUUCCAUGGGGACAUGAAAUCAGUACACGCCAGAGCUGCUCAGCUGCUCUACCUCUCGCUGACUUUUAAAAAUGUUGCACGUCAUAUACAUUUUCUUUCAGUUAGCGUUUAUUCCUGUUUUUAUUUAAGCUUUUUGACUGUACAUGUAAAAUAUGUGAUUAUAACCAUUUAAAAAUA